AUCUUGGACACAAUCUCGGGAGGUGCUUAUGAAGAGUCUGGCCGAAAGUGGAGCGCAAAAGAUAUCGGGAUUAAGGAAAGGGCAUGUGCAUGGAUGCAACAUGGUUUCAUGAGUGUUGAUACCAAGUUGGGAGCAGGAAGAGCCUUCUUGAGGUCACUUUAUGAACAGUAUGCUGAGUGGGGAGUUGAUUUUGUGAAACAUGACUGUGUGUUUGGUGAUGACUUGGAUAUAAAUGAAAUAAGCUUUGUGUCAGAAGUUCUGAAGCAACUUGACCGUCCCAUAUUGUAUUCUCUGUCUCCUGGAACCAGCGUGACGCCAGCAAUGGCCGAGGAUGUGAGUGGACUAGUCAACAUGUACCGGAUAACUGGGGAUGAUUGGGAUUCCUGGGGAGAUGUCAUAGCCCAUUUCGAUGUUACAAGGGACUUUUCUACCGCUAGUAUGAUAGGAGCUAUGGGCUUGCUGGGGAAGUCAUGGCCUGACUUGGAUAUGCUACCACUAGGAUGGCUUACUGAUCCAGGUUCGAAUGAAGGUCCUCACAGAAGAUCUAACCUUAACCCAGACGAGCAAAGAACACAGAUGACUCUAUGGUCUAUGGCCAAGUCUCCUCUCAUGUUUGGAGGAGAUGUCAGAAAGCUUGAUGAGACCACAUACAAUCUCAUAACAAAUCCUACCCUGUUGGAGAUAAACUCUUUUAGCUCAAACAACAUGGAGUUUCCUUAUAUUACUAGUAUGAUGGAUUCUAAGAGUAGAGACGACAUUCUUGCCUGGCUAUCAACAAGAUCUCUAACAAGUGUAGAAAUAUCUGAUCCACACGUUUUGGGCCUCACAAGCUGCAUGAAUUCAAAAGCAAUUGGUUGGUCUAUUAAUCAAGCUUCGGACCAAGACCCCGAAAAAAUUUGCUGGAAAGAAAAAUUAGGAAGCAAACACCAAGCACCACUUUGUCUAUACAAGAGAGGGUCUCUUUUGCCAUUAGAUGAAAGGAUGACUUACAAGCAGCAAUAUCAAGGGAAACUCCAUUUAACAGCAACUGACAGAAUGGACUCUUGUUUGAGUGCUUCUUCAAAUCAGAAGCUUACUUCAAAAGAGUUCAAGAGAGGCGCUCUUUUACCUUGCAGAUGGGAUACGAACCAGAUGUGGGAGUUGAACUUCAAUGGAACCCUGGUAAAUAGCUAUUCCGGUCUAUGUGCAACAGUGAAUGAUGUUGAAGCUAAAGUCAGUUCUGGUGGAACUCGUUCUUGGAUUGCAACUGGAAGAAGAGGUGAAAUAUAUAUCGCUUUUUUCAAUCUGAGCCCGGCGAAGACAGUGAUAUCUGCAAAGAUAUCGGACCUGGCUAAGGUACUUCCUAGCAAAAACUUGAAAGGAACUUCCUGUAAGUGCAAGGAAGUAUGGAGUGGAAAAGAGAUAGCAGUUACAGACCAGACUAUAUCAAUGGCAGCAGAAAUCCAUGGCUCUGCACUAUUUGUACUGAACUGUGAUUAGGGCAGGAUCA